AUGUUGGCUCGCAGCAGCAGCAGCAGCAGCAGAGGUCAGGUGCUGCUCACAGUUGGGGUCUCCUCGGACUUGGGGCGAGUCCUGGACCUGAGCUCCUGUGACAGGUGUUUCCUCCUGAAGCAUCAGACCCUGGUCGUUCUCCAGGACAGGGUCCACAUGGUGCCUCCCCCUCCCUCCCUCCCCCCUCCUGUGGAUGAGGCAGCAGCUCUCCCCAAACCCAAAACAAUAACACCGGGGGGCCGGACUGUACCACGCCUCGGCCUGCGCUCCCUGGACCUGUCCCUGCGUCUAAUUACUGUAACUGUCACUGUGUCCUGCGGGGGGGGGGGGGGGGGGGGGGGGGGGGGGGGGGGGGGGCUGCAGGGGGGGGCCGCGGGGGAGGUGCCGUGUGCUCUCGGGGGCCGCGGCGUAAAGCGCGUCAGAUUCAAUUAG